AUGCAACACGAAGUACCUUCUGCAAUGCAAGCAGAAGUUCCACAAGAAUUGCAGCCUGAACAAUUACAACAACAUGCGCAGCAAUUGCAAUCAACACAUGCAUCUCUCGAACAACAGUCGUUAUUGCCGCAACGAUCCACAAUUUCAAAGGGGAAGUACUCUCUUCAUGAUUUCCAAAUAAUGAGAACAUUAGGUACUGGAUCCUUUGGAAGAGUACAUCUGGUAAGAUCAGUACAUAAUGGUCGUUAUUAUGCUAUUAAAGUACUGAAAAAGGCUCAGGUUGUGCGUAUGAAACAAAUUGAACAUACAAACGAUGAAAGAAGGAUGUUGAAAGUGGUUGAACAUCCUUUUUUAAUUAGAAUGUGGGGGACAUUCCAGGAUUCAAUGAAUUUGUUUAUGGUAAUGGAUUAUAUUGAAGGUGGUGAAUUGUUUUCAUUGUUAAGAAAAUCUCAAAGAUUUCCUAACCCUGUUGCUAAAUUUUAUGCAGCUGAGGUGACUUUAGCAUUGGAAUAUUUACAUUUUCAUAAUAUUAUUUAUAGGGAUUUGAAACCUGAAAAUAUUUUAUUAGAUAGGAAUGGUCAUAUUAAGAUUACAGAUUUUGGAUUUGCUAAGGAGGUAGAAACUGUCACUUGGACUCUUUGUGGUACUCCUGAUUAUAUUGCACCUGAAGUGAUUGCAACAAAACCUUAUAAUAAAUCUGUAGAUUGGUGGUCUUUAGGGAUUUUAAUUUUCGAAAUGUUAGCAGGUUAUACACCUUUUUAUGAUUCUACACCAAUGAAAACAUAUGAAAAGAUUUUACAUGGUAAUGUCGUAUAUCCAUCAUUUUUCCACCCUGAUGUGGUAGAUUUAUUGUCUAAAUUAAUUACUGCCGAUUUAACAAGAAGAAUUGGUAAUUUACAAAGUGGUUCAGAAGAUAUUAAGUCUCACCCGUGGUUUAGUGAAGUAGUAUGGGAGAAAUUGUUGAAUAAAGAUAUUGAGACACCUUAUGAACCUCCAAUUACAUCUGGUGUUGGUGAUACUUCCUUAUUUGAUCAAUAUCCAGAAGAUAAUCUGGAUUAUGGUAUUCAAGCAGAAGAUCCAUAUGGUGAAUAUUUUACAGAUUUCUAA